AUGUCUGGCCGUGGAAAGGGAGGAAAAGGGCUAGGAAAGGGAGGAGCAAAGCGUCAUCGGAAAGUUCUCAGGGAUAACAUCCAGGGAAUCACGAAGCCGGCGAUCAGGAGACUGGCGAGGAGAGGAGGAGUGAAGAGGAUCAGUGGUUUGAUCUACGAAGAGACGCGAGAUUUUAUCUUCAAAGCUGUGUGCGUCUUUGAAGAAUCUGGAUUCGAACAACAACUUCAAAGCUGUGUGUAG